CCAAAAAAGGAAAUUGAUGAAAGAAAAAAAAAAAAAAGAAAUUCAAUGCACACAUUUCCACCAAUCUAGUCUGGGGAUCAGAAAUAAUAAUAGAAGAGGUUGGGCAUGAAAGCUAAAGUAUACCUUACAUCUUACUCGAGUAAUUUUGAAGUUAAAUGUUAAAAACAACACAAACACCACCCUUAAUUUUGCAUUCUACUCUUUGCCUUUAAUACCUCAAUUACUAGUACAAGAAAGAAGAAGAAGAAGAAGAAGAAGAAGCAGGAGUGGAGAACUGAGAAACAAACAGAAGCAUGGAUAAUUCGUUAACCAUUCUCUUGCUCUCUCUUUUAUUCUCAUAUUCUAUAACCCUCAUCAGAUCGGACGCCUCCGAUCACCGUUAUAAAGAAGGUGACCCGGUUCCUCUUUAUGCAAAUAAGGUUGGCCCAUUUCAUAACCCAAGUGAAACCUAUCGGUAUUUCGAUCUGCCCUUCUGUGUUCCAGAUCAUGUGAAAGAGAAAAAAGAAGCUCUUGGUGAGGUGUUGAAUGGAGAUCGCCUAGUUAGUGCUCCCUACCAACUAAAUUUCAGAGAUGAGAAAAGUUCGGAAGGUGUUUGUCGGAAGAAGCUUUCGAAGGAGGAUGUUGCUCACUUCAGAUCCGCGAUUGAUAAAGACUAUUACUUCCAAAUGUACUAUGACGAUCUCCCUAUUUGGGGAUUUAUCGGAAAGGUUGACAAGGAUGGCAAAACUGAUCCCAGCGAAUACAAAUACUUCCUUUAUAAGCAUAUCCAAUUUGAUGUUCUUUACAAUAAGGACCGCGUGAUUGAAGUUAGUGUCCGGAUGGAUCCUCAAGCAUUGUUGGAUCUAACAGAGGAUAAGGAAGUCGAAGCCGAGUUCCUUUAUACUGUGAAAUGGAAGGAAACAGAUAUUCCUUUCGAGAAGAGAAUGGACAAGUAUUCUCUAUCUUCUUCGCUCCCACAUCACUUGGAAAUCCAUUGGUUUUCCAUAAUUAACUCUUGUGUCACUGUUCUUCUUUUGACUGGUUUUCUCGCUACAAUUCUCAUGCGGGUCUUGAAGAAUGAUUUUGUGAAGUAUGCACAAGACGAAGAAGCAGCUGAUGAUCAAGAAGAGACUGGAUGGAAAUACAUCCAUGGUGAUGUAUUCAGAUAUCCAAAGUACAAGUCUUUGUUUGCUGCAGCCCUUGGUUCUGGCACCCAGCUUUUCACUCUGACUAUAUUCAUUUUUAUUCUUGCACUGGUUGGUGUUUUUUAUCCAUACAAUCGAGGAGCUUUGUUUACUGCUCUGGUGGUCAUAUAUGCACUGACAUCCGGGAUUGCAGGAUAUGUUGCAACCUCUUUCUAUUGUCAGCUGGAAGGAAAUAACUGGGUGAGGAAUCUUUUGCUGACAGGAUGCCUUUUCUGCGGACCUUUAUUCCUCACAUUCUGCUUCCUUAACACUGUAGCCAUUGUUUACAGUGCAACUGCUGCAUUGCCUUUUGGAACUAUUGUGGUAAUAGUCCUUAUAUGGACAUUAGUAACGUCUCCAUUGCUUGUGUUGGGUGGCAUUGCUGGAAAAAAUAGCAAGGCUGAGUUUCAAGCACCUUGCCGCACCACAAAAUAUCCUCGUGAGAUCCCACAAUUGCCUUGGUACAGGAGUACACUUCCUCAAAUGGCAAUGGCAGGUUUUCUGCCUUUUAGUGCUAUCUACAUUGAGUUGUACUAUAUUUUUGCCAGUGUUUGGGGUCACAGGAUUUAUACAAUUUACAGCAUCCUGUUUAUUGUCUUCAUUAUUCUUCUGAUUGUCACUGCUUUCAUAACUGUGGCUUUGACAUACUUCCAACUUGCUGCUGAAGAUCAUGAAUGGUGGUGGAGGUCUUUUCUAUGCGGUGGAUCAACUGGACUCUUUAUCUAUGCUUAUUGCUUGUACUACUACUAUGCGCGGUCGGAUAUGUCUGGUUUCAUGCAGACUUCAUUCUUCUUUGGAUACAUGGCUUGCAUAUGCUAUGGCUUCUUUCUUAUGCUUGGCACAGUGGGAUUCCGUGCCUCGCUGUUAUUUGUUCGCCACAUAUACAGGUCAAUUAAGUGCGAAUAGUGGGUAAUCUUUCUCAUCUUUUCUUCUCCAUGAAUUCUGUCAGGCAAAAAUCGGUCAUUUUGUUCAAAGUUAGGUUGGAGACUGUACUAUCAGCUCUUAAAUGUGAAAGUAGGGUUUUACCUUUGCCAUGCCUCUGCAGAAAAGGGGGGGAUCUCUUUAGAUCUCUGUUAUCCGUUGGUUUAGUUUUAGGAACCUUCCAAGGACCAUGUGGUUUAUUGACAUUUUGGGCAUGUGUAAUUAUCAGACAUAUACAAAGGGAAAAUGCUCGUGCGCUGUUGCAUAUA